AUGAAAAUGUCCACAAAACACAUUUUUGCAACACUAAAUGUGAUUCUAGCACUAUUAGUAAGAUUUUCUACGCAAUAUUUGCACAAUCACAACAACACAUAUCAAUCUCGGAGUUUAUGGAACAUCGAGACAAAUCUCAUCGAUUUUGGUGACGAUAGUGAUGAGAAUUUGUUGGCAUUUAAUCCCUGCCUAGUUCACUACUGUCCGAAAGGCAUGGAAUGCAUAAUCGCACCAUCAAACGUCCCAAAGUGCAUUUGUCAACGACGAUGUGUAAUUUACAAUAAACGAAAGCGACGACAUGUCUGCGGAAGCGAUGGCAUCAUUUACGAUAAUUUCUGUGAACUUUAUCGUGCAGCUUGCAAUGCACAAGAGGAAAUAAUCAUUUCAAGCAUGGAUAGCUGUGUACGGAGUCAACAACAAAAGCUCCAAUGUAGUUCCGAUGAAUAUGCCUUGAUGAAGGACAACUUGUUGCUAUUUCAUCACCAAAAUAUGGUCUAUUUACAGCAUGGCGACGAUGAUCAUCUCGUCCAUCGAAUGGAAUAUCUUGUGUCGAUUAUAUUCUCACAUUACGACCAAAAUAAUGAUGGACUUGUUGAACGCGAUGAGCUGCAAUUUAUGUGGAAUACAAUGGACAUGCAUCAUGUAUCGAAUGACUCAAAUUGUACACUGAUGGAUAUGUUGAUUUAUGAUGACAACAAUGAGGAUGGUGUACUGACUAUUACUGAGUUUAAUGAUGCUUUUCAUAGGAUUUCAGAGACGGUGGUGAGGCAGACUACUCAGCUGAAUCACAUUCACCUCGACUCAUCCCUCCAGUUCAAUCACCUCGUCGUUCGUAUUGGCGACAAUGUUGAAAUCAAAUGUGACAUCAACGGUCCACAAACGAACAUAAUAUGGAAGCGCUUCGGCUAUGACCUUUCGCUCGUCAACAAUAGUACGGACGAUGACGAUGACGAGAUAAAAUUGAUGCAGGAUGGCGGUCUCUAUAUCACAAAUGUCCAAAUGAGACAUAGUGGAAAUUAUACAUGUCAAGCUGCCAUUGAUCCUCAGGUUAUACAAACACAUAUCGUGACGGUCCAUAUGCAACCGACAAUUGUCAUAACGCCAAGAGAACAAAGUCGAAGGCCUAACGAACGAGCCGAGAUUUUAUGUCAUGCGAUUGGUGGCAUGCAGAGUCAAAUUGAAUGGCUGAAGAAUGACAAGCCAUUGGAACCGGAGUACGGAAGGAAGUAUACAAUAGCUGGAAAUGGGACGUCUCUGAUGAUUAAUCGAUUGGACUAUCCGGACACGGGAAGUUAUACUUGUAUUGCUGGCACUGUCAAGAGUCAAGUGUCGACAAUUGUUGUUCAAAGUGAUCCAAUUCCGUUGGCCAUGCACAGAGAUGAGAAAAUAUUCAUUUUUCAUGACGACGGCAUUUCAAUUUAUUCAACAAAUUUAUGUCAACUUGUGCAUCGAAUUAAUCCACUUGAUACAAUACUGAGAACGAAUGAGACAGUCUGUCAUCGAUAUGCACAAAAGUGUUCGUGGGGUACGGCAGUUGGAAUUGAUGGAACUGAUGGAAGUGAUGGGUUGAUUUACAUAGCACAGCCAAUGAUGGAUAGGAUCUUAGUGCUGUCUAUGCUACAACAUAUUGUACUUGAGACAAUUAGGACAGACACGACACCAAUGGAACUCUUUCAUGUUCCAGCACAUGAUCAACUUUGGGUCGUCAAUUAUAAUCUUCAUCGGGAAGGAACAAUCAAGGCAGAUCCAGCAAAGACACUUCAAAUGAUUCCAGAUGUAAGAAUGGCUCAUGUUAAGCACAGAGCAGUUCAUCCGAGUGAGUCAAGUAUGCAAGUCAAUGGGGACAUUAUGCAGUUCUACUUACCACCAGUUAAUGCUCUGCCGCACUUGUAUGACUACAGAUAUGGAUUUGUGACUCAUCAUCAACAGCGAGGGUUCUGGAAGUUGGAUUUGGAACUGAUGAGAUAUGAGAAGUAUGUGGAUCUGUCUAUUUAUGACUGCAUACCUGAGUUUAUUAAGAUUGGUGGAUUGUACGGCUUCAUCGUUGUGUCUUGCAUGGAGCCAGCACUUCACCACCCAACCGGUCAAAUAGUCCUCGACACAAUCACCUCAACAAUAAUCUCAAUCAAGGCUGAUCUAAUUGGCAUUCCUUACUUUUCGCCCGAUUCAAGACAUGUCAUCACAGUCAGUCACCGACAUGAUACAGUUCUAAUCUCCGUCCAACAAGUAACACUUGCCGGUCUAAAUUUUGCAUUCGAUGUUGAAACAACUUUAAAUAUAAGUGACAUAACGUUCGUCAAGAGCAGUGUAUCGAUGAAUUUUGAUGUAUACGCAACGACAGAUAAGAGUGAGAUCCUUUAUUUGAGCUUAGAGACGGGAAAGGUUGAGACGAUAACGGGAGUUGGUGAGCCGGCUAUUAAUACGUGGUUUAAUGGUGGACGGAAGAUUAAGGAGUCAGAUCUCACAGCAAACCUCAUUGCAUCGCCAUCGAAAGACGCUUUUUACAUCAUUAGUACACGCACUAGAAAUAUUACAUGUCAGGUUGAUAAUUUAGAGAAUCCUAAUGAAAUUGUGUGGUCUAGAGCUGAUUAA